AUGCUUCCCGAAGCCAAAAAGACGAACGUUCAUUAUACCUUCAACCUGCGCGACUUUGCGAAGAUUAUCUUCGGUGUGAUGACAACGAGCUCGGAAAAGCUGACGCCUGAGACGAGACGAGUUGAACGAGUUGGCGCAGCGAGGUUUUUGGCACCAAAAUGUCAAGUGGACAACAGCCCAAGCUGUUUGGCACCGCUUGGCCCCGCGCGCUUUCGCAGAGCGCUUCUUCAGCGCUUGGAAGGUAGCGUCUACCGAUACUUCAUGACCAUCUUGCAGGUGUCGGCGGAUGUUGCAGGCAACUUGUUGGCCACUAAAGGUGAGGAUGGUGACGUGGACCGGCAGGACUAUUUCGAUGUUGCAUUGGCCGCCAUUUUUGACUUUGAUAAAGGCUUCUUCGAGGAGUGCUUUCCUGGCUUGAUCUUCACCGUCUUUCAGAGUUUCUUUCACAAUUCCGCUGUCAUCGCCAAUCCGGUAGAGCACUUCCGUUUUGCCGGCCGCGCCUACGAUUUGGCACGUCACACGUGGCGUUGGAAACCUGCGAAAGCGGAGACAAGAGCAUCAUCCGUGUGGUCUCGAGUUAGUGCUUCGGUGUCUGAAGGUUGGGACUUCCUAAGUUGGCAGUACCAGCUGUCUAUCCAACAGAUGGCCGUGACCGCGGAUCUCUUCCGGCCGGUCUUUGUGGACGAGACGUCCACCUUUGCCUCGUUGCUUGGGCCUGGACGAGGUGGACGUCAGAGGAAUCAGCAGCAGAUCUUGCAACCGGAGGACCUUCCGGCUGUCAGCAAACUGAUUUGCUUGGAAUAUUUCUGUGAACCAAAGACGGAACUCUUCCACUCCAUCCUGGCAUCUGGAAUCCUACCAUACUUGGGCGCCCUGGCCAUCCAUUCAUCUGAUGAAGUACUGAGUCGCGUCCAGCAGCGGGUGGAGAUUCCAGUCUACCGGAGCUGCAAGGAAUCUGAUUUGCCAUACAUUUUGGGACCUGCAGAUGAUUGGCGUUUGCUUCCCAUGCACAGCUCUCGUUUGCUACUCAGCCUCACAGCCUCCGUGGAGGGGCUCUUGAUAUCGUCGGUCUCGGCGGUUUCGAUGCGACAUCACAUUUUGGAUGCAACAUCCAAUGCAAAUCAUCUGCGACUGUUGCUCACGGAACAGGAGAACGCCUUCAGCGUUGCCAAUCUAGCUCCUGUCUAUGAAUUAGAGCUGGAAACUGAGACGUUGGAGCAUGAUUCCUUGGUCUUCCUCCGUGCAAAUGGACAGUCUGAGACGGGACAUCCGUGGAAAUCGAAAGUUGUGCGUCUUGCUGCUUUGAUGCAGUCCUUUCGGCUUGCAGACUCCCAUGGGGACCUCAGACCUGCAGAUGAGCUGAACGUUUCUGUCAGCAAAUGUGGCACUUUGCGAUGUUUCUUCGUGGGAGGCCAUGCUUUUUCGGAGCUCCCCAUGCAAGAUAUCUAUCUCUUCAGGCGUCAGGACAGCUUCACUCCUCCCAGCAACUAUUGCCAAAGCCAAGAGAAUGAUUGGCAGAAUCAUCGGUAUAUGAAGGGAUUGGCUCACAACUAUGACAUCCCAACGUCCCAACCCAAUAAUAACUACAACCUUCUGGCUCUGUCCUCGGAAGGUUUGUUCAUGCACGAAAGCAAUGAAGUUUUGUCCAUGGCAUACUACCUGCCAGUGGCCUCCAUGGUUCACCUGAAACUCCCCCGAGUUCAAUUUAUUCCAGUGGACUUUUUUGGUCCAUGCCGCGAACAACACGGCUGGUUGUUGGUGGAUCUGCUUCAAUCUUUACAGCUGGUACUACUUCAGGGCUUGGAACAUGUCACUCUGGUCGAGCCGCUUCUGGCUGAUGUCCCGCACGACAUGAGAUGCUUGAAUCACCAGUGGAUGACCACACCUGAGUUGAUGAGCCGCCUGGUUGAGAACACUUGGGACCAGAUGAAGAGCGUUCCUUUCCGCGACUUCUUCGACAUAGGGCACCUCCGGUCCGAAGUCCAGAAGUUUGCAGUGGAUGAAACCAUCGAGUGGAACGAGUUUCAAGAGACCGAGGGCGUCAUCGAUACUCUGUUCCUCCUGAAUGACGUGGCGCUACCCGGCGGCUUGGUUACCUUGGGUAGCUACCGAAUGCAACCCAUCCUGCACUGUGAAGAUCGACCGGAUUUCAAUCAGGAGGUGGGCGUCUACAAUGACAGCAAGGUCCUGGUGCGGCGCCUGAUUUGUCUCCAGGGCGAUGCCCAGAAUAUGUUAGACAUAGAGAAGUUCCGGCUGGAGCUGCGCAACGCCCUGGCGGAGCCUGGUGGGGCCAGAGGUCAUCGCUUGGGUUUCCAACUCUACCAAUGGAAUGGUCUGGAACGAUUGCGGUUGCAAGGUAUGGAUCUUGGCAAGGCGGCGCAGGCGAAUUGGCUGCCCAGCAUGUGGAGUCUCAUCCGCUUCAGCAAGUCCUUCUUGUGGCUGGCAGAUCGGGUGGUUCAGCGCAUGAACCACUCAGCGACCAGGGCCGGGUCACCAGAGGACUGGAGAUUCAAAGCGGCCCAUUUCCGAUGGAGGAAUUUUUCGGAGGAGGAAGGCGGUAUUCCGUACAAACAUCCUAGCGGGGGGCAUGAGAAAAGUCAGAAAUUUAUGGCUGCCUUCUCUCUCCCAGAUAAAUACGCCGAUGUCUUGCGGGGCUGUGUGCCUUCUGCCCUGCACUGUAGCGACGUUUUUUUGAUGACGAAUCUUCCAAGGGAAUCCCAGCUAUUAGCAAGUCUCCGUGAAUCCUAUGCCAUGCUAUGUAGCCAAGCGCAAGUGCACAGCAUUACAGAUGAGCUGCUUCCAUCCUCCGACAUCCAGGCGUUUUUCGAGAUGUCAGAGCACAAAAACAGGAAAAGCUCCAAUGUUUGGUCCAAACUUCACGGUUUUUUCCUGGAAGUGGCCAUUGCCACCAGGGCCAACUACUUCUUGGGCUAUGGAUAUGACAUGGGAAUCAAAGCUUCCGCUGUGUCGAUGAUCACCAGUCAGCUCCGAACCUUUGAUGGUCGGGGCUACUGGUGCACCAGAUGGGCCUUUGACCCCGACUGCAAGCAGCAUGGCACCGAGGCUGGCUCUAAAACAACCGAUGCGUUGAGUUAUAGCUGUUGA